AUGAGACGAGUGGGUUUACUGGUUUGGCAUUUUCUUGUGGUUGGUGCCCUCAACUUCCUGUGGGGUGGCUGCUCUGGCAGCGGACCCCAUGGAAGUGGUCUGAGGACGGCUCGAGGUGAGGAAGCGUCCCAAAGGAUCUGGAAGGCUGUGAAAGCUUUCUGCGACGAGAAGGGGAGCAAAACCGGUGGGGUGCCGAGGACUCCCAGUUUAGACUGGAGGGCAGAGUUAUCAAACAUGAAGCUGUCAUACCAGGGAGAAGUAGUAGAGAAGGCCCGGCCAUUGACCCUGGCUCAGAUUCUGGAUGGGCUGCCUCCUGUGGAGUUUGGGGCAAAGAUCAACUUGUUGGACGUGGUGAGCCCAGAAAUGAAAGAGCAGCUGCUCAACCCCGAGGCUCUACUGCUGGAAGGUGACGAGUUGCCCCCAGAAGUUCCGGAGCCGCGAAUCCAUGCAGAAAAGGAUGAGUGGCAUAAGAUUUGCCGUGCCCUCUAUGAGAGGGGGCUGGUGAGGCCCGUGAAGGACUUUCCCGUCCUCGACGGUCAGACGGUGGUAAACGGAGCCUUCGGAGUGGCGAAGAGUGGGAAAGUCACAGCAGAGGGCCAGGAGGUGCUGCGAUUCAUUUUUGAUUUGAGGGCAAGCAACUCUGUCCUUCGAGUGAUCGAGGGGGACAUCAAAAGUCUCACAGGCGCGGCGGCUUUCCAGAGGAUUGUCCUGGAAGAUAGCGAAGUCAUCCGUCUCUCCGGUGAUGAUUUGGUGAGUGCCUUCUACCUCUUCGAGUUGCCACCCGUGUGGUCCCCUUUCUUGGCGUUGAGGGGUGCCGUACCUUGGCGCGCCCUCGGGAUUGAUGAGCCGGGGGAAACGCACCUGGGGGCAGCGGUACUGCCGAUGGGAUGGAACUCAGCCGUCGGGAUCAUGCAACAUGUUCACCGGAGGCUUGCCCUUGAGGGCCCCCCUCGUGGGGGUGGGCUGCCAUCCUUGCUGGAAAUUCGCAAGGACGCUCCGUUUCCUGCCCGGUAUGAUGGAUGGCACCCGUGGUCUAUUUAUUUGGACGACACCACUGUGUUUGAGGUACUCGAGAGGCAAGUGGCAGAGUCACUGGUGGGCGAGCCGGCAGAGGCCCAGGAGAGAUUGAGGCGAGCCUACGAGUUUUGGGGCAUACCCCGCUCGGAUGCCAAGGCCCUGAAUGGGGUGGCGCGAGCAGAAAGGUUGGGCGCCCUGAUUGAUGGGGAGGAAGGUGUCCUUCGAGGAUCAACAGAGAGGGCCCAGAGAUGGGUGGACCGAAAAGCCCUCCAGAUUUUUGCUGGGAAGGAAGUGCAUACCCUGCAAUUCCGCCGGCCGCUGUUUUCAGUCAUGGACGUGAUUUGGAAACAGAUUGCCAAAGGAGGAGAGCAAGUAGUGCUGAGUGCCGACACCAUCCAGGAGAUACUGUUGUCGGGGAGCCUUCAGCCAAUGCGGUUCACCGAUCUGCGGGCCCAGCUGGACCCCUGCGUCACAGCCUCUGAUGCGAGCGAACAAGGAGGAGGGGCCGUGUAUUCCAAAGGGCUAUCGCGAAGUGGCAUCGAGGAAGCCCCAGAGCUGAUGCGUGGAAAGGAUCGGGAUUGCCGACGCCUCCACCGAAGAGUGUGGCCCUUUGGCGACGAAAAGGUGGACAUCACCAAAGUGAGCAAGAAGGAGUUGAGGACCAUGUUGAAAAGGGUGCCCGGGCUCACCGGGGUGGUGUCAGGCGGAGGGAGUCCUUGCCAAGGCCUGUCGCGCCUGAGCAGCGAGCGGAAACACUUGGGGGACCCAAGGUCCGCGUUAUUUUUCCAGCUGGUGGAAAAGAUGAAGUGGAUCGAAGAGCUGGCGGCGGAGAUGCACAUGUGGUGCCUGUCCUUCGUGGAAAAUGUGGUGGUGGAUGAUGAGGAUGUGGCAGCAAUGAUCGAAGCCUUAGGAUGGACGCCCAUUUUGGCGUGUUCCAGGCACCUCUCCUGGGUGAGAAGGCCCAGGCUCUACUGGUGCCCGGUGAAGCUCAGACCCCGAGUUGGGGUGAGUUUCAGGUCACUGGUGGAAGUGGUGAUGGAGAGUGAGACGGAGCCACUGGAGUUGGUGUUGGACAAGGGCUGGCACUGGCCUUGGGGAGAGAAGGAGAAGGAGGCAUGCGAGGUGAUGAGAUGCGCUGCUGUGGGGAACGCCUUUCACUGCGGUGUGGUAGCCGCUUUGGUAAAUGGAUGGUGUGCAGAAAUGGGGGUUCUGGAAGCCAUCAGCCCAAGGGAAAUUCAGCAGGCCUUUUAUGAGGUGCUGAAAACAGAUGAGAGGACAGUUGAGGAAGAGGAUGACUCAGAGGCAAGUCAUUUGGACACCGCCGAGCGGGUGAUGGAGAGCAAGGUGGAAGAGGAAAGAGCGGCUCUGCGAGGAAAGGCGUCCUUGGUCCUGCCGGUGGAGCAGACUACAAUGGACCGGGAUUUGCCCGCCUACCUGGUAGAGCAGUUCUUGCGCCGCGUGGAGUUCCGCGGCUCCGAUGUCCGAUUGGAUGUCGGAACAAUCUACAGGCCAGAUUGCUUCCCACGAGCAGCAAUCGACGUGUCCCGCUGGAAGUGGGCUGUUUCACAAGAGAACAGCUACGACGUCAUCAUCGUCGACUCCUCCGACCCAGUGGGACCUGCUGAGAAGCUGUUUUCCAAGGAGUUCUACGUGAACGCCCACCGCAUCUUGAAGCCGGGAGGGGUCGUUUGCUCCCAAGGGGAGUGCGUCUGGCUCAACGAGGGGCUGAUUGCGACGAUGGUGAAGGACUAUGGCGCGUGCUUUGCAUCGGCGGAGUACGCCAGUAUUCAGGUGCCUACGUACCCCUCGGGCCAGAUUGGUGCUUUCCUGGCGCGGAAGGCGACUGCUUCUGGAGGCGAGGUUUCCUGCCGCCACCCUCGGAGGGAGCCGGAGGCUAUGGAGCUGCGCUACUACACCCCAGAGAUGCACGCCGCAGCCUUCGCGCUGCCUGCCUUUCUGAAGCGACGACUGGAGGUGCAGGCGACGAAGAAGCGGCGCCUGUCUUGGGAUUGA